GUUUUCAGGGCCAAGGCCUUGGGUUGCAAAUCCGCCAAAGUUGACCCCACCCAGCGCUAUAACAGGGCCGAACCGAUGCCGCUAAAAUACAGCCAAAACGAACCUUAAAGUACUACAUCUUGAAUCUUUGACUGCAGUAGACUGUGAAGAAAGCCCUAACGCUCAACCAAGCUCGUUGGAUUGGAGUUUGAACGAGUUUUGGUGCGGCGAGAGCAUUCUUGACGUUCAGCUUGGUCGCUUUGGUUCGUCGUUUCAACAGCGUUCAUUUGGUUUUUGAGCCUUACUGGUGACCAUGAGUGAACUAGAGCAGCUAAGGCAAGAAUCCGAGGCUUUGAAAUGCCAGAUUCGGGAUGCCAGAAAAAUUGCUGCUGACACAACCCUGGCUCAAGUGUCUGCAAAUAUUGAUCAAGUGGGAAGAAUACAAAUGAGAACUCGAAGAACCCUCAGAGGUCAUCUUGCAAAAAUAUAUGCUAUGCAUUGGGGAUCAGACUCAAGAAACUUAGUAAGUGCUUCUCAAGAUGGAAAGCUUAUAGUGUGGGAUUCCUAUACAACAAAUAAGGUUCAUGCAAUUCCUUUGCGAUCUAGCUGGGUUAUGACAUGUGCAUAUGCACCUUCUGGAAGCUUUGUUGCGUGCGGUGGUUUGGACAAUAUCUGCUCAAUUUACAGUUUGAAGACAAGGGAAGGAAAUGUCAGAGUUAGCAGGGAACUGCCAGGGCAUACAGGAUAUCUAUCAUGCUGUCGCUUUAUAGAUGACAAUCGAAUAAUAACAAGUUCAGGUGACAUGACCUGUGCCUUGUGGGACAUAGAAACUGGUCAACAGACUUCAACAUAUUCUGGGCAUACUGGUGAUGUAAUGAGUUUGUCUCUUAAUCCUGAUAACGAGUCUUUUGUGUCUGGAGCAUGUGACGCUUCCGCUAAGUUAUGGGACAUAAGAGGUGGAACUUGUGUGCAAACAUUCACAGGACAUGAGUCAGAUAUCAAUGCUGUUGCUUUUUUCCCAAGUGGCUUUGCAUUUGGUACUGGCUCAGAUGAUGCUACAUGCAGAUUAUUUGAUAUCAGAGCUGAUCAGGAACUGAUGAUGUAUUCCCAUGACAACAUCAUCUGUGGUAUCACAUCUGUUGCAUUUUCCAAGAGUGGACGACUGCUUCUGGCUGGAUAUGAUGAUUUUAACUGCAAUGUGUGGGAUACCCUGAAGGGUGAGCGUGCUGGUGUUCUUGCUGGCCAUGACAACAGAGUCAGUUGCCUAGGGGUCACAGAAGAUGGCAUGGCAGUUUCCACCGGUAGCUGGGAUAGCUUCCUUAAGAUCUGGAAUUAGCGUAAGGGGAAGCAGAGGCAAAAGUACUAGUGUUUAUAUUUUAUAUAUUGUAAGCAAGUUUCCAUUGCAAUGCAUGGGUCCCUUGGUAGGGCUUUGUGUUGCGAUUAUUGGAAACAUAUGCUCAGACCAACCAUCACAGUACAUUUGCAAAGAUGAACCAAAAUAGCAUCAAACUUGACUUAUUUGAUUUUCCAACGGGGUGAGAGGAAAAUAUUUUACUUGAGGCUUUUGGCGUCUGCCUUUCAAUGUGAAAUACCACCCGAUCGCUACAAACAACGAUUUGCUGUUAUCGUCCAAAGCUCUCCUGCUUACCAUUUCUCUGAUUAUUUUAGAACAAAAAAAUAACAUAUUCUAGCAUUGCAAGCAAUCAAAAAGAAGAAAAAAAGCUGAUCAAGUAAAAUCUAUAAAGAGAGUUUGAAGUUAUGUGUUGCUUGUGGUGCCCGGCUCUAGAUGCAAUAUUAUGAAUACAACACACACAAAAAGGAGUAAUUCCAGACGAUCAGAAAAGACAUGGCCAUUAUAGUCCGUUAUGUCACAUUUUCUAUUAAGUUUCUCUGUUUGUACCGAUGACAGAUAACUACAUGUGAAUAUUAACGUUAUAAGAACCCGUAAAUAUAAAGGAAAAGAUUGUGUCGUCCCAUGAAUCCAAUUAAAUAAUUGGCUUAGGCUUACUGUAGGUUUGUUACACGUACUCUCUUUCAUGUUGACAGGAAUUAUUUGUGUCGUUAACCGACUUUAUAUUGUUUGCGAGAUGUGAGUUAAUAAAUGAAUCGUCCAAUGUACUACAAAUUAA